UCCGCAUCGUUCCUGCUGUCAUAUCUGUUGACCUACUGUAUGUAGCUAGAUCCUAAAUUAUUUCGAGCUCAGAAACAUCCCGAGUAAUUCCGCGUCGGCUAGUUUUCCAUUGAUAAAAAUGGAUUGCGGAAGUUUGUGUUUGGUUUGAGGUUUAGAAUCUGUCUUACUUCCUGUAAUGGGGUUAGCUAACAAGAUUUGCAAUUUUCCUGCGUCUUCUCAUUGAGCUCAAUAUAGCCUCAGUCCGUAAAGAUUUUCAGAUGAUUUAAGAAGCUCAGAGGAGAGCAUUUCGUUUAUUAAUUGCAAGUAUGUGAUACUAUAGAAGUGGCCAGCUAAAAUGGCUGUUUGCUGUGUGUCAUCCUGGCGGAGUUAUGCAUCCAUGGUCUGGGAGUGUGAAAUUAUCGUGGGUCAGUAAAUACGCUCGCAAGCAGGCAUAGUGACUGGACUGCUUCAUAACUACUGCUCACUGCGUUUUUAGCGGCAUUGUCAACAUCAACGCUGUGCUGCGACGCUAUCCGAAGUCUGCGCUUAUCUGUCUUCCAGCAUGGAGAAACGUCGCAAACUUUUCUCAGUACUGACUCUUAUCUCGUCGUGCGUGAAUUGCGGACUUUUUUUCAAUUUGGAUAUCGACAAGCCAUCCGUUUACUCUGGCCCAGGAGGGAGUUAUUUUGGAUUUUCAGUGGAUUUUUUCAAACCCGAUGACAUAGAAUCAAACAUCCUAAUAGGCGCUCCCAGAGCCAACACGUCGGUGUCGGCGGUCCUGGAGUCGGGAGCGGUGUACAGCUGCCCCUGGCGAAGCAGCUCGGGCUGCCGGCAGAUACAGUUUGAUAACACAGAUGAGCGGACCGACCCGAAAGGGGAGCAGAUGGAGUUUAAGUCCAAGCAGUGGUUUGGGGCCACAGUGCGUUCAGAUGGUGAACACAUACUGGCAUGUGCUCCGCUUUACCAGUGGAGUACGUUCACGUUCACAGAGAGGGAACCUGUGGGAACCUGCUUUCUGAAGAAAGGAGGAGAUGUAGUGGAAUACUCUCCCUGUCGGACAGCUUCAAACACUCCGGAAGGACAAGGCUUCUGCCAGGCAGGAUUCAGCGCUGACUUUGUGAAAAAUAACAGAGUUGUGGUUGGAGGCCCUGGAAGCUUUUAUUGGCAAGGACAACUGAUCUCCGAUGACAUUUCUGAAAUUAUCAGCCGGUACAAUAAAAAAUUCUACACCCCUUAUGGCAACCAGCUGUCCACCAAGCCAGCCAGCGCUCAGUUUGAUGACAGCUAUUUGGGUUACUCUGUGACUGUGGGGGACUUCAAUGGAGACGGAGAUGACGAUUAUAUCACAGGGGUUCCAAGAGGACAGAAAGCCCUUGGUUAUGUGAACAUUUUCAACGGAAAGAACAUGGAGUCCAUGGUCAAUUUCACCGGAAUGCAGAUGGCUGCUUAUUUUGGCCAUUCCGUGGCAGCAGUGGACAUCAAUAAUGACGGAGCGGUCGACCUCUUCGUGGGCGCGCCUCUCUUCAUGGAUCGCGGCUCGGACGGGAAGCUGCGGGAGGUGGGCCAGGUGUACGUGUACCUGGGGAAGGGGGGGUUCUCCUUCCACCCCCCACAGAGGCUGACGGGCUCCGAGAUCUACUCCCGCUACGGCAGCUCCCUUGCCCCGCUGGGAGACUUAGACAUGGACGGCUUCAACGACAUCGCCAUCGCAGCCCCCUACGGAGGCCCGGAGCGCCGGGGUCUGGUGUACAUCCACAACGGCAGGGCGUCGGGUCCCGACCCGGCGGCGUCCCAGGUGCUGGAGGGGAAGUGGGCUGCCAGCUCCAUGCCCCCCAGCUUCGGUUACGCCAUGCAUGGUGCCACCGACGUCGACCUCAACGGCUACCCAGACUUGAUUGUUGGUGCUUUUGGAGCAGACAAAGCUGUUCUAUACAGGGCUCGGCCGGUCAUCAGUGUGAACGCCACCCUGGACGUCAGCCCCCAGAUCCUGAACCCGGAGGAUAAGCGCUGUGCUCUGCCUGGCACCUCCUCCUCUGUGUCCUGUUUUAAAGUGAAGUACUGCCUGAAGGCCAGUGGAAAGGGGGCUCCUUCAGCACUGCACUUCCAGGUGGAGCUGGUGCUGGACAGGCUCAAACACAAGGGGGCGAUAAAGAGAGUUCUGUUCCUGCACAGCAGGCUGUCUCAGUAUGCCAAGAACAUGACGGUCAGCAACGACAGGGGCCCGGCCUGCGAGGAGCUGGAGGCCUUCUUAAUCGAUGACUCUGAGUUCAGGGAUAAGAUCACGCCCAUCACCAUCUUUAUGGGGUACAGUUUGGACUACAAAACCGCCGCUGAUCGGACCGGACUGCUGCCCAUCCUGGACCAGUUCACCCCCGCCAACGUGUCCAAGCAGGCCCACAUCUUGCUUGACUGCGGGGACGACAACAUCUGCAAGCCUGACCUGAAGCUGUCCGUCGUGAGCAGCCAGAAGCAGAUCUACAUCGGCGACGACAACCCGCUGACGCUGGAGGUCACGGCGGAGAAUGGCGGGGAGGGCGCCUACGAGGCCGAGCUCAACGUCCUUAUGCCCCCCCAGGCCGACUUCAUCGGGGUGGUGCGCAACAGCGAGACGCUGUCUAGACUGUCCUGUGCUUACAAGCGAGAGAACCAGACCCGCAUGGUGGUGUGUGACCUGGGGAACCCCAUGAAGGGGGGGACUAAACUGCUGGCCGGACUGCGCUUCAGCGUGCACCAGCUGUCUGAGCAGGACACUUCUGUCAAGUUCGACCUGCAGAUCCAGAGUUCCAACCAGUUUAAUAAUACCAGCAGUUUGGUGUCCAGCAUCACACAGCUUGCAGUUUUAGCCAAAGUGGAGAUUCGAGGAGUGUCCGCUCCUGACCAGGUCUUCCUGCCCAUCGCUAACUGGCUGCCGAAAGAGAACCCCGUUCUGGAGGACGACAUCGGCCCCCUGGUGCAGCACAUCUACGAGCUCCGAAACAACGGUCCGAGCACGUUCAGCAAGGCCAUCCUGGACAUCAAGUGGCCCUACAAGUUCCGCAACGGCUCCCUGCUCUACAUCACCCAGUACGAGGUGGACGGGCCCAUGAGGUGCAGCACGGACGUGGAGAUCAACCCGCUCAACGUCUCUAAUCCCAGAGCUGUGAGGAAUACUACGGCAGUAAGGAGAGACAGGACGGAUGGCCGAAGCCACAGUCACGUACACCGCCGGGACCUGGAGGAGAAGCAGAAGCAGCUGGAGGGAGACCUGGAGACUCUGGACUGCGUGAAAGCCGAGUGUCUGAAAAUCAAGUGCCAGGUGGGGCGUCUGGAGAGGGGCAAAAGUGCCAUCCUGUUUAUCCGCGCCAGGCUGGGCGUGGCCACCUUCCUGGCGGCUGAGAGCCAGAACCACUCGUACAUGGUGAGGUCCAUGGCCUCCUUCAGUGUCAUAGAAAUGCCCUAUACAAAGCUGGUGUCAGAGCUCCCGGCCAACUCCACAGUGGUGAACACGGCCGUGAUCUGGGUCAAGACGGACUCCAAGCAGCCCGUUCCCGGGUGGGUCAUCGCCCUGGCCGUUCUGGCGGGACUCCUACUGCUGGCCCUGCUGAUCUUCGUUAUGUACAAGAUGGGCUUUUUCAAGCGCGUGCGCCCCCCCCAGGAGGACUGCAUAGAGAAGGAGCAGCUGCAGCCACACGAGAACGGAGAGGGGAACACGGAGGCCUGACGGCUCCUGCGGGCGCCGCCAUCUCGUCCCCCUCGCUGCCGCUCUGAGGUGCG